AUGAUGGCUGCUACAGAACAACCAGCUUAUAAUUUGGUGUAUGAUCCAUAUCCAAAUAGCGUUACAUACACCGUUUCAGAUUUCCAAAAAAUUUUAGAAAAGGGUUCCGAAGAUGACAAAAUUGAAAUUAUGAAAAGAAUUUUGGUUCAAAUGUUAGAUGGCAAUCCGUUGCCCGAACUGCUAAUGCAUAUUAUCAGAUUUGUCAUGCCUUCUAAAAAUAAACAUUUGAAAAAACUAUUAUAUUUUUAUUGGGAGAUUGUCCCAAAAUUAGAUCAAGAUGGUAAUCUAAGACAAGAAAUGAUUUUAGUUUGUAAUGCCAUUCAACAUGACUUACAACAUCCUAAUGAAUAUAUUAGAGGGAACACUUUAAGGUUUUUAACAAAGUUGAAAGAACCAGAGUUGUUAGAACAAAUGGUACCAAGUGUUCGUUUAUGUUUGGAAUACAGACAUGCGUACGUUAGGAAGUAUGCCAUUUUGGCUGUAUAUAGCAUUUUCAAAGUUAGUGAUCAUCUUUUCCCAGACGCUGUUGAAGUUAUUAAUACCUUUUUAGCUGCUGAGACUGAUCCAAUUUGUAUUAGAAAUGCUUUUAUUGCCCUAAGUGACUUAGAUCGUGAAUCUGCCUUGGAAUUUUUGAGCAAUAGCACUAGUAACUUGGAAAACUUGGAUCCAUUGUUGCAGGAGGCUUUUGUUGAAUUUAUGAGAAAGGAUGCUACUAAAAUACCUGAUUUAAAGCCUCAAUAUGUUGAGUUACUACAGGAUAUUUUAAGUACAUCCAAUUCAAAUGAAAUUAUUUUUGAUUGUUGCAUGGCCAUUUCUGUUUUAACCAAUGUUCCCUCCACUUUGUGCUCUGUUGCUCGUAAAUUGAUCGAUAUAGCUAUAAAAGAGUCUGAUAAUAAUGUGAAAUUGAUUAUUUUGGAAAGAAUCGAGGAUAUUAACCAAAGAAAUCCAGGCUCUUUAGAAGAAUUAACCUCUGAUAUUUUAUCCGUUUUGAGUACCUCUGACAUUGAUGUGCGUGCUAAAGCCUUGGAUAUUUCAUUAGAAUUGACUUCUUCUAAGAAUUCUGGAGAUGUUGUUAAAUUAUUGAAGAAAGAGUUGCAGUUGACAUUUGAUUCUGGUUCCUCAGAUAGUGACAGUAAUAAUAAAGCUAUAAUAGAGUAUAGGACUUUGUUGAUUAAAAAUAUCACUAAAAUUGCUGCUAAAUUCAUAGAAGUUGCAGCAGAUGUUGUGUCUUUAUUGUUAGAUUCUAUGCCAGCCUUUAAUACUACUGCUGCUAGCGAUGUUAUUACAUUUAUCAAAAAAGUUGUUGAAAAAUAUCCUGAAUUAAGAUCUACUGUACUAAAUAAUUUGAUACAAAGUUUAUUAAAUAUUAAAUCUGCCAAAGCCUACCGUGGUGCCUUGUGGGUUUUAGGUGAAUAUUCUUGUACUGAACAAGAUGUGCAAAACUCAUGGAAACAUAUCCGUAAUAGUUUGGGUCCGCUACCAUUGGUUAAUAAUCCAAAAGAAGAUGAAAGAGAAGAAAAUGCCAAAAAGGAAGAAGAAGAAAACGCUACCAUUGCUGCCUCAUCAUCUGGACCGGUUAUUUUGCCAGAUGGUACGUAUGCUACAGAAUCAGCGAUUACUGCUAAAAGAACAUCGAAGACCGCUGAUCUAAAUGCUGAUUUGGAAAAUGAAAGGCCUCCAUUACGCCGUUUUGUAUUAAAAGGUGAAUUUUAUACUGCUGCUGUUUUAGCCUCCACCCUUGUUAAAUUAGUCUUACAGUUUUCAAAAUGUAGUGGUAACAUUAAGAUUUUGCAUGGUAUGAGGGCUGAGGGUGCUUUGAUGUUGAUUCAUAUUUUAAGGGUCAGCGACUACAUCGAAGCUAAUAUUGACGAAGAUUCCAAGGAGAAAUUGACACAAGCUAUUUCGAUUUUGGUUGAACAAGAAUCUGCUGAAGAUAAACAAGUCUUACAAAUGGCCUUUUUGGAAGCUACCCUAUCCUCUUUCCAAUCACAAUUGAAAACCAAGAGAGGGUUGGGCAAGAGGCAAAAAUUAAGAAGCGGAAAUGUUUCUGGCGUCAAAAAUAUUGAAUUGAGGAAGGCAAAAACUUCAGAAUUUGAAGUUGAUAAACAAAUCAUUUUUAGACAAUUUUCAGAUUCUAUUCAUAAUACGCCGGUGGAUACAAUUGAAGAAGAUUUGAUUUUGGCUACAAAGGGUUAUAAAAAGAAAGCUGUUUCUACCGUUUCUAAAUUGAAUAAGAUUGUCCAAUUAACCGGGUUUUCUGAUCCAGUGUACGCUGAGGCUUGUAUUACAACCCAUCAAUUUGAUGUUGUUUUGGACGUUUUAUUAGUUAACCAAACGAGGGAUACUUUGAAGAACUUGCAUUGUCAAUUUGCUACAUUGGGUGAUUUGAAAAUCAUCGAUAAUCCACCCUCCAGUAAUGUUGUGCCUCAUGGAUUUCACAAGAUUAGCGUUGCUUGUAAAGUGACUUCUGCUGACACUGGUGUAAUAUUCGGGAAUAUUAUUUACGAUGGAGGUCAUGGUGAGGAUGCUAAAUAUGUUAUUAUGAGUGACGUUCAUAUUGAUAUUAUGGACUACAUCAAACCUGGCAAAAUAGAUGAAAAUAAGUUUAGAGUCAUGUGGAAUGAAUUUGAAUGGGAAAAUAAAAUUAAUGUCAAAAGUAAUUUACCUACUUUACAAAAUUAUUUAGACAUGCUAGUUGAUGGUACUAAUAUGGGAAUUUUAACCACUACUUCCAGUUCCUCUUUAGAUGAUCAAACCGAUGCCACGGAUGAAAACAGGUUUUUGAGCUGUAAUUUGUACUCUAAAUCAUCAUUUGGCGAGGAGGCCUUAGCUAAUUUGUGUUUAGAAAAAUUACCCGAAAAUGGUGAAAUUGUUGGUACUGUACGUAUUAGAUCUAAGGGACAAGGUUUGGCUCUAUCUCUAGGUGAUAGAGUAGCUGCAAUUGCUAGAAAAGACAAAAAAAUUAAACUGGAUCAUAUUUGA